GGGAAUAUUUACACGAUAGGUGUCGCCUUUCGCCAUGCAGUCAGACCAGGAUAGCAUCAGCACCACCAGCGGUAGUGAGAGAACUAAUCCAAACGUGACCACCACUACAGUUAUAACGAGAAGAGUGGAGCCUGGUGCACCUAAGGCAUUGUCUCCAGAUUCUGUGUCCACACCUAAGCAUGAAGAAUGGACUACCUGUCGCAGAGUGAUAAAUCACAAAACCAGACAGAUAGAAACACGAGUCCAGCGCCAGCUGGUGUAUGAAGAUGGCAAAAUGAUCGCUGACAGCGGACCGCAAAUAACAACGAAGACGACAGAAGACAGUCGAACAGAGGAAUCAGAAAAUACAGAGAAAACCGAAACUCAUCAGAUUAUGAAGGAAAAAAAGGAAGAAAACAUGCAAUUACAUAAUGAAACCUUCCAUGAGCUUACAGGCUCGGAGUUUCACCAGAGGGCGCUUAUGACUCCAGAUAGUGCUUUGUUUAUCAUAACUGACGACAUUGAAAAUAACCAGUCCUAUCCAGGAAAACUUGUCCACUACACUUGUAGCUCGAAUAAAGUUACAGACAAAGAAGAGGUCAAAGAAGUGUCUGAACUGAAAGACGGCGAGCUGACCACUGAAACUACUCGGACACACCAUCAUGAAGAACAGGAAGAUGAUGAAGUACCAGAGGACGAGACAGACGAAGCAGCUCUUCCAGAGAUCUCCAAAGAAACAACAAAAAAUAUCGAAUACUAUAAAGAUGAUGGUGAAUUUGAAAGUUUAUGUGAAAAGAUGCAGCGUGAAAGAGACAAGAAUAUUAUUCGAGAGACUUUUCCAGGUGGGAGAGAUCCAGUAACAUGGAAAACAGUAGAUGUUGAUGAAGAAGAGAUGAAUAGAAAUAGUGAAACCACCCGCUGGCUGGAAAACCACUUUGGCUCAGAAAGCGGAAGUGACGUAGCUAAACCGACUAGAACCAAAGCUGGUGGAAAUGUAAUCAAGAUUCAAAUGACUAGUUCACCACGACUCGUCUCGUGGGACAAACCGCGUCUCGAACAUCAGGAAGAGCGACCUUAUAAUAAGAAUUUAGAUGGAGUCAAGGAAUCACAAUUUAUUCCCCAGAGAAUUGCCGAGGUUCGUUCUUCUCGGUCCUCUCCUCUUCUACGGCCUACGUCUCCAUCAAGCUGGCGAGAAAGUUCUAAAUCUCCUACAAGUCCUGCAACCCCUUUAAAACAAACUUCUGUAAUACAGACGCGCGAAGUAGUCUCUAAAAUACCUCCAAAAACAUACUACUUGGGCAAUGAUGGCACAUACAAGCGGCAUUACAAAGGUCAUGAACUCCUGAAAAAACAAUCAGCUGGUUGGAAAUCAACACCGUCCAUCAGGGAUGAUGUUUAUCAAAGCUUAAAGAACGAAGAAGAACAUAAAGUUCAUCAACAAAGAGCCUAUCGUCCACGGGAUCAAUCUCCAGAAGGAUCCGUUCAAAGAUCUCAUUCUCAGAAGAAAGAUAAUAAAAUAUUUAAAGCGUGCGACAGUUCAAAGACGUCAAGAGAGACCUGUUUUCGCGGGGAGGAUGUCUCAGUUUCUCAGACUCUUCCUCGAUGUACGAAAUUAAUUGAAGACGGGCAAUGCAAUAGAAUUUACAAUACUCCUGAAGUACAAACGCAACGCAAAAACCAGAAGAAAAGUGAUCUUUGCGUUCAGGUCGAUUUGUCAGACGAAGAAAAUCGACCUUCAACAUUUCCAAGAAAGCCCUUUCCAUCUCCAGUUCGUGGUUCGAGGAGACGAUCUCCAUCUCCAAUUUAUACUUCUUUUAAUCAGAACGCAAAAACUUUGCCACGGCCUUCUGGUAAAACAUCAUCUUCCAAAGCAAGCAAACCAAGCACUCGUACUUCUGGGCAUAAAGUUUCAUCCUCUAAACCACCGGCUCAAACGUUCUAUUUUGGAGACGAAAAUGACGUUGGCUACCAAACCAGUAAGAAAAAACAAGGUGGAGAAAAUCGUCAGGUCAAUUCUUAUGGUACUAACCAUCGGUACUCAAACCAGAGUCCCUUCAUCCAAAAUGACUUCAGCUAUGAAAGUGAGUACAGCCCUAGUUACCACGAAGGGCUGUAUGCAAUAGAAAAAGAUUCUAGUGCUACUCAACGACGACCCAAUUUCCAUAGAAGCAUGGGUGACCUAAGACAAUCCUUGGUUCAAGACUUUGACCAUCACACAAGACAAGUGUCUAAACAAGACUCCAAAAAGAACUUGCCUAGAACUGGAAGAGCCAAUGAAGCGUAUAGUCAACGUCUUGAAUCCCUAGAUAAUCACAGUGAAACCUACGCAAAGGACAGGUAUAUGAACCAAAAGUAUAGUCAAUACCAAAACAUCAAUUGCAGUCACAUUAAUGCAUCUAUCACUUCUCAAAAGAAUCAUUCAGGGCCCGAAGUAGAACGUCAUGGCUUUUUGCGAAACCAUUUAGACUCCAGUGAACUAGACCUCACGUCUUUCUCAGAUGAAUCCAGUGGGUACAGGGAGAGCAGCAGCAACAGAAGACAGAGAAGAACUAGAGAUGUGCCCCCACUCUUACCUAAAAAGUUAAGCAGUCUUUCUUCCACUCCCCCGUCUAGCCCAAUACCUCGUCUCAUUAAAAUUAGCCAGUUGGGAAAUUAUGACGCCUCUUCAACCCCAUCUCCUCCUGAUUCUCCAUCAGUAUCUCUGAACAAUUCCGCUCUUCUCCCACCCAAUGAAAGUUUGUUUAGAAACAGCUCAACAGCCAAAAUGAGAUCAGACAGUAAAUCGAGUGGCUAUUCCUCGAGAGUCAGCAGCCAAACUCCAACCGUGUUUCCAUUAUCAUCUUUUUCAGCACUGUCCAGCCCUCUGGAAAUGAAAACUAUGUCAAACCGUAAUCAGGCCAAAUGGUCUAAACAAGACACUGAUGACUUCCCAGUGUGGAGCAAGAGAUAAGAGUAAUUCAUAUGAGUCCUGAAAAGAUCAGCAUAUUGGAUUAUGCAGGAAGCCUAAUUUUAAUCUGAAUAUAGGGUCAGUCUCUUCUGUUUAUUGAAGGUUCUCGGUAAAUUUUGCAUCACUAUAUCAGAUUUCUUGUACGAGUUCUGUUUAGGUUUACUUUAGCACUAAGAAGAUGUGGAUUGGUCAAGUCAAAAUUGUAGCAGUAUUUCCUUGUUGAGGUAAGGACAGAACACGUUAAUAAAAACGGUUGGAGAGAAUUGAAGAUAAAGUCUUUUUAAAAAAGAGACAAUGGUGAUAUUUUCUCUAUCUUUUUAUCUUAAAAACAGUUUUUUAUAUAUGGUAUGUUGGGCAUUGAUAAAUGUCUCAAUGUCAAUGGUGAUACAUUUAACAAAGUAUAUCAGGACAUAUCAAAUAUACAGUAAAACAAAUGUGACUUUUCUUGUAUAGAUCUAGAAAAUUGUUGUUUUCUUGUUUUUUUCUUACCACAAGCCGCACAAUGGUCAUCCGUGUUGUGUACGCUGCAGGGGUCAAACCUCUAAUUAUAGUGUUUUAAGCUCUCAAGCUUAUCACUGAGACACCGGGGUCUGCCUGGGAAAAUAUUUUGCAGCGAACGUGUCUACCAAGCUCCUCACUUUAGAGCAUGAUGUCACGCGAAGUUUUCCAUGCAAAAUAGUUUCGUUUAUCCUGACUAAAUGAGAUAGAAUUUAACAUUUUAUCUGUUUUGUAAAUUAUCUAAAAAAAUAUUAGUAGCAGCAAAUUAGCUGGUAAAGUUCUCAUAUUAUCACACGCACCUACAACAAAUUUCUUAAAAAAAGAAAGGUUUAUAAUAAAGAGUGUCUGAGCUCAAAUAAUUAAUAUGACUUUGUUUUUGUAGCAAUAUAUUUUUCCGAUUUGCGUAGACUGUAAAACGUUGGUAUUAUGUUUAUCCGGCUUUCGUGGAUUUUCGAAUGUUGAUACUAGACUUAUCCGAAUUGCAAUCAUUUCGAAAUGUUGAUACGAAGUUUACUCGAAUUGCGUGCAUUGUAAAAUGUUGAUCCAUCACAUUUGAGGAGAAAAAAUUUUGUCAAUGUAUUUUGUAUCAUCAAAGCCAUUGUUGAGAAAUAUAGUUUCGUAUCCUUGUUCUCAGUGGCCAGCUUUACGAGUGUAUUAAGUAAGUGUUAGCGCAACAAAAAAUACGGUGUUAAACUUUUUUUUUCAAAAGUACUUGAUUUGACAAGUUCGUACUGAUAUUCACCUUAGAUCCAUGUAUCGUUAUUAUGAGCUUAAUGGAUGGUAAUUCAGAUAAAUACAAAUUAUUUUCUACACUCCUUUUAUGUC